AUGGGGUGGAGGGGGGUGGAGGAGGUGGGAGGAGGGGUGGGUGGUGGGUUUUGGGAGGGUGGGGUGGGAGGGUGGGGGAGGUGGGUGGGUGGGUGGUGGUGGGUGGUGGAGGUGAUGGUGGUGGUGGAGGGUGGUGGGUUGGUGGAGGGGAUGGUGGAGGGGUGGAGGUGGGGUGGUUGGUGGGGUGGGUGGUGGGUGAUGGAGGUGGGGUGGGGUGGAUGGGGAGGGUGGUGGGUGGUGGUGGUGUGGUGGUUGGGAGGGUGGGGGUGGUGGGUGGUGGUAGGGUGGUGGGGUGGGUUGGGGGUUGGGUGGGUGAGGGUGGUGGUGUUGGUGGUGGGGAUGGUGAUGGGUAGGGUGGUGUGGUCGGGUGGUGGGGGUGGGUUGGUUGGUGGUUGGGUGUGGGUGGGUGGUGUGGUGGGUGGUGGUGUGGGUGGGUGGGUGAUAAGGUGGUGGUGUGGAAUGGUGGGUGGGUGGUGGGGAUGGUGGUGGUUGAGGUGGAUGGGUGGGAUGGUAGGAAUGAUGGGAGAAGAUGGAUAA